AUGUCGACUGUCCUUCCUGCUAGCCUCGAUGGCGAUGAGCUUAUCAAGACCUACAUCGGCGCCGCAACAUGGUCGUUUAUCCAGGACAAGUUCACUGCGUAUGGAAAGGAGACGCUCAUCAAAGUGAUUCGAUUUGUCGUCGACGAGUGUAUUCCCGCCGAGAAGCUCUACCACGCCCAAGUCUCGACCGACCCGGAGAAGCGAUGGAAGAUUGUUCCCGAGAUUGUCGAGCAGCUCAAGAAGAAGGCCAAGUCGCAGGGUCUGUGGAACCUGUUCCUGUCCGGCAAGCACUAUCCCGACGUUGGUUCGCCACUUAGCAACCUCGAAUACGCUGUGAUCGCCGAGAUGACGGGCCGCUGCUCUCAUUUCGCUUCCGAGUCUCUCAACUGUGCUGCGCCCGAUACCGGAAACAUGGAGGUGUUUGCCAAGUACGGCAAUCAGCAGCAGAAGCAGACCUGGCUUAAACCUUUGCUCAACGGCGAGAUCCGUUCGGCGUUUGCCAUGACCGAGCGCUUUAUCGCCUCGUCGGACGCCACCAACAUCCGCACCUCGAUCCGCCAGGAGGGUAACGAGAUCGUCAUCAAUGGUCACAAGUGGUGGAUUUCGGGUGCAGGUGACCCGCGGUGUGCUGUUCAUCUGGUGAUGGGCAAGUCGGAUCCAGAGAACAGCAACAGUCACCAGCAGCAGAGUCUCGUCAUCGUGCCCGCCAACGCACCGGGCGUCAAGGUGGUGCGACCGAUGCACGUGUUUGGUUACGACGAUGCACCCGAGGGUCACUGUGAGGUUAUCUACGACAAUGUGCGCGUACCGCUCGCUAACCUGGUCCUAGGUUGGGGCAAAGGUUUCGAAAUCAUCCAGGGUCGUCUGGGACCUGGACGUAUCCACCACUGCAUGCGCACCAUCGGUACUGCCGAGCGCGCUCUUGACCUUAUGCUCGCUCGCUGCACCGAUCAGCGCAAAAGGGCGUUUGGCAAGACGCUCUCGGAACACGGCACCAUUGUGCAGAACAUCGCGUGGGCACGCAUCAAGAUCGAGCAAGCGCGUCUGCUCGUGCUUUCGGCGGCCAACAUGAUCGACAAGACCAACGCCAAAGGUGCCAUGCGCGAGAUUGCUAUGAGCAAGGUCGCCGUAGUCAACGACGCACUCAGCGUGCUCGACAUGUCAAUGCAGGCGCACGGCGCUGAGGGUGUUUCGCAGGAUACCAUUUUGGCAUACGCCUACGCGCAACUGCGGACGCUGCGCUACGCUGAUGGUCCCGACGAGGUUCAUCUGCAGCAGCUCGGCAAGCUCGAAUUGCGAAGAGCACCCCAAGUGUGGGAGAGGCUCAACAAGACCAAUGCAAUCUCGGACGCCUUGCUUGCCAAGGCUGGUAUCAAGUCUCACCUGUGA